AAGGGCGGAGAGUUGGCCGCCGAGUCUGUAACACAAGUCCCUGAACAAGGUCGGGCGAACCGGGAAACGAGCUUUACCUCAGCUCGGAUGACCGGAGCACCGAGUGGCUUCCAGCACCUUGGGGGGAGCGACAGGAAUGAGGGGCUGAAGUGACACGUGAUGACCGGGAACCUGCCGGUGGUGUCGGGAUGAGGAGCGCGUUCACUGGCGGACAUUAGAGGAAUCAGCCUGUUGCUCAGCUCCUGCAAGUGCGCGUGUGUCGUGGAGCGGAGGCAGCCGGAGGUCCGAUGGCAGAGAGGCGGACCAGGGGCACGAGCGGCUCGGAUCCCAGCAGGACCACGGCGGCCCGGGCCACGGCUAUAGCCGAGCAACUGCACCAUGAGUCCUGCAUACUACUGGAGCUUUAUAGAAAGAAGGAGAAGCUUACCGUGGGGGAGUUGGUGGCUGACCGUCGCCUGGUGUCUGUCCCUCCUCCCUCCUCGCAGCUGGACACCGGGGACACGCUCUGGCGCCUCCACUCUGCUCUGCUACAGUGCCGCAGCUUGCUGGAGAGAGCCAUCGCCAAAGAGGAACAGGAGCUGGGUGGCGGGAAGAAGGGAGACUACGAGACCAUGAGGAAAAUGGUGAAGGACAGACUCUCGCUUCUCCUGAUCAACACAGAGCUCCUCAGGGCUGUAGAUGGCGCGGCAGUCCUUACCCCCAAUUUGGACGAGCUUGAGUUAGAAAGUCCAAGCAGCCUGUUUGAGCUGAAGCUUUGGAUUUAUCGGAUCUUCAAGGAGGUGGAGCACUGGAGCAAGACAGCCAUCACCACCUUGCAGGGCCUGCCCUCUGUGAUGGACAAGGAGCGGGCGAGGGGCGCGCGGCUCAGGAGCAUGAGGAGCGCUCGGAGAUGAGAGGGAGACAUGAGGAGUGUGUGGGUGGGCAAAGUGGAGGAAUGAGAGAGAGAGAGAGAGAAAGAGAAAGAGGUUCGAAAUGGAGAGGUAAGGGGGUGAAGGAAUGGAAAGAUGAGUUGAGUUGGGGCCAAAGUGAAAAACUGGCUGAUAUGGAGAGAGAGUGAAAGGAUGAGAGAGCUUCAUCAGCUAAAAGAGACACAUACAGAUCUGGCACAGAGAGAUGUGUUGAGAGGGUUGAUUUCUCUUCUGUUUACAGGAUCUGAGCCAUUCAGAGCUAAUAAGAACAUCUGAUGGAAAAAGGGUAUUUUAAAUAUGACAGAUUCUAAUACACUUAUGUAUUUAUUAUUUCUUUCUAUUAGAUGAAAUCUAACGUGUGAAUUCAGAGUUAAGAAACUUUUUCUUUCUUUCUUUCACCACGAGGAAACUAAAGCUUUGCUUUCCUUCUGCUUGUGGUAGUUAUUCUGUACAUCUGAAGUUAUUGUUUAAGAUAUACUGUCAGGUUUCACACAUGCUGAUGAAAAUAAGAACAUUUGAAAAACUGUAGGUUUGAAUACUGUGGCUUUAAAUGACCCCAAAAUGAUUAUUACCAGGGGAUGUUCAGAAUAUGAGGGAAAAAUAUGUAACAGCACCCUCUAGUGUUUACAUAUUGCUAUUGCAUUAAAUGUAUUAUUUCCUUCCUUUCUUGAUUUUCCAGGACAAUUCCAAUUAUGUCAAAUGAUGCUGUGGUCUCAUAUGUUUAUGUUAUAUUGUUACACUUUUUGUUUAAAAUAUGUUUUAUGAGCCAAAGAAAGUUAUGUCAACAGAGUAAACUCUGGAGUCCUCGCUCAUAUUCAUAAAACAAAAAGAACUAUAAAAGUGAUUAUUCUGAACAUUCAUAAAUUAUAAAGCCGGUGAUAUCUGUGUACACUGUCAUGGUUAAAUGGUUUCACUUGAAAAGGAUAAAUACUUAAAUAAAUAUAAACUAAAAUAGAUCUAAGUAGAGCAUAUAGCACUGCCAAGGUCCCAUUAGAUCCAAUCAAGCUGCACCAAAUUACACACAAUCAUAGACAUCAGUCCCAUGAACGUGCCUGAUGAUUUUUAUUAAGAUCCAUGAAUUAUUCUCCAGGACUCGAGUGAAAAUAUCCAAAUGUAUCUGACAUUGUUAAAGAAAAUGAUACAAACAAGUGGAUCUGUACUAAAUUUGAAUGACUGUCCAUGACGUGGACAGUCAUCUGUCCACUGAGCAGCUGCAACCUGCACUGAUCUACUCCUCAUAAACUGUAAAAUAGCUGACAAGUUCAGUCUUGGAUCGACACAUGCCACGCUGUUCUUUAUUCGGCUGCGGUACUAAUUCAAUUAGCGUCAGCCAUAGACUCGCUUCGUCUUUAAUAAUGCAUGAAGCUUCGGGGCAAGUUAAAGGAAGAAGAUACUGUGAAUUGGCUUGAAUCGGGGGAGAGCGUGGCCUAGGGGAUAGACAGGGUGUUCUGCAACAAGAGGGUUGCUGGUUCGAAUCCCACUCUUUCCCAUCUGCAUGCCUAAGUUUCUUUGGCAAGAUACUGAACCCCUAAAUGGCCCCUCAUAAAUGUUGAGUGUACUAAAAAUGUAAGGCGCUUUGGACAAAAGCGUCAGCUAAAUGACAUGUAAUGUAAUCCUUUGUAGAAUAGUCUGGUCUAGCUAACCAAAGAGAUCCUUGACCACGUUUACUAAGUCUUAUGCAGUAUUUUCAUUUCCUGUAUAAGGGGACCAUGUAACAUUGAAACGUUUCUUUAGGUCAAGGGCUGCAGGUUGCAUUGAGUUCAUGUUUGCAUUGUUGCACGCUGUGGGUUGACAAACUGGUAGUAGCUGCACUGGGAGUUUAAACAAAAGCCUGUGUGGUGCUCGAGCGAUACAGGAAACUGGAUGUUGUUACUGGAAGGAAACGUGAAUUAAUUUGGUCAUUUGAUCUGAGUCACCAUCAUUAAUUCCCAGAUUCAAUUUGACCCCUGAGAAAACAAGAGCUACUGCACAUGGGAAAAACAUAUUCACUGAAUGAAGAGUGAAUAUACAUCAUAAAGUACAAAAACAACAGAAAUAUAAAAUAAUGGGAGUGCAGUGCGUUUUAAUACGAUAGACUGUAAAUGUAUUACACGUAUUGCAUUUGCUGUUCCGUUAGGGAUUUUGAGGGGAUGUAUUAUGUUUUUUUCUAAAUCUACUCUGAUGAUGAACUAUCUGCUGGACUACACAGAGCAAAAGUCUUCUUUAUUUUAUUUAAAAAGGAUUUUCCGGCUCUGCUCUGUUGUGAGUUGCUUGAUUUGCUGGCCUGGUUGGCGCCGGAUCAAGAAAAGUCAACGACAAGAGAACUUAAGCCCAAGUUUGAAUAUCCUGUCAAUGGGUUCAAAGGCUUAGCAAAGACAUUACUCAUUACUGUAUGUGACAGUAUGUGACAGCAUUUUACUGUGGAAUGUCAUUGUGGUGGUGUGAUUUUUUUUUUUCUCUCUCUCUCAGUUGGUCAAUUCAUUGGUCUCAUUGAAAUGAGGGCGUCUGUGUGUGUUUGAUUCUGUGCUUUUGUUGGUCUGAAUGCAGGAGCCUGAACCUGAGCUUUAUAGGGAAACAGCUUCAUGUCACAGCUCUACAGCUGUUUUCAGACAUGAACUCUGGAAAAUGUCCUGGAAAAUGGGGUCUGGACUUUCUCCAGGAUUUGUUUUUCACGUGUGAUGAGCACAGGAGGAGAUUGUCAACAGACAGUUCUCAACAACAGGAAAAUGUCAGAAACAUCCAGGCGACUGAGUAGAGCAUGUAGGAGCAUUACAGAUCAUAUCAGCUGUGCGAAUCUGUCCAAGUUGACAACUUUGUAGACAUCUUCCCUGUGAUUGGCACCUGUUUUUUGUUUGUUUGUUUUUGGAGAUAUUAGUUGUUUUAUUGUUUUUGAUUGUUAUUUUCUCAUCUUUGUGUUGGUCAUCGACACACCCACUCGCUCGCUGUCUUCUUACAUUAACCCAUUCGGAGAUUAUCCGGACAUUUUACGAGGGUGCUGACCGAAACAGGAACAGGAAAUGACAGUUGACUAGGACAUUUCUUUGUCACUCUUCAGGAAAAUCUCUAGGGUUAAGUUCUUGUCUGAAAAUGGCUAGAGACUCAUUUUAGCCUGUCAAUCUCCCACAGACCAUGGCUCCAGUCUAAAUGGUUAUUUUUAUGUACUAUUGAUUGAUUGUAUUACUAUUUGUUCACUUUUACUACGUGUCUUCCCAAAUGUAUUUUGUUACGCCACCAAGUGCCCUCUCUUGUGACCUCUGGUUUAGCGAGAGCUAGCUGGAGACAAAUGGCUGCCAGCACAAAGAGAGGAUUAGGUUACCAUCACAUCUGUCUAUAAGCAGCAAUCAUACGGCAGGAAGCAGCCACACUCAUUAGGUUUGUCAGCUUUAUCAUAAAGAAUGGGUGGUGAACCUUCUUCAUCCCUGAUGGUAGCGAAGUGGACUAAUUGAUUUAUGUAUGACUUGUUUCAGUGUCAUCGACAUCAUUCUUUGUAUGGUCAAGCGACAAUAAACCCUGUCUUGCAAAUGUGGCUUUAUCUGUGCAAUGACUCUCACUGGCCCUCGAUAAAGUGUUCACCCUAGAGGGAGCAGACAUCGAAGCUAGAUUUAAUUUAAUCUUUGGCCUGACAAAUUCAUUUUGCAUUUCUUUUGUCACUGUAGUCUAAAAAGUCUCUUUUGGACGACAGUG